AUGACUGAGGAUCCUACCAUUCGUGCAAUCUUCGGCCCGGCGCCCUCGAACGUCGACCUCAAUGCCAGUGACAUAUCAGUCAACAAUGGCGUCGUGAUUGCCAUGUUUUGUCUAGCUGCUGUCGCGGUGAUAUUACGUUUCACUGCACGACUGGUUCUCCGGAAUGCUUUGAUGGCCGAUGAUUGGGCGAUCAUUGCAGCGCUAGUGUUUAUAGGGGGUUCUACGGGACUAAGUAUCGCGGGCGGUACUACUGGUGCUGGAAAGCACAUCUGGGCAUGCACGCUAGAUCAAUUGAUGCACUUGUACAGACUUCUAUAUUCAUACACCUUCAUCUACGCCUCUUCUUGCACUUGCACUCGAGUAUCGAUUCUCUUUUUCUAUCGCCGGGUCUUUUUCCCUUUAGAAAAGUAUUUGAAGGUUGCGCUGAUUUUCGGUGGCGUCCUUACCCUCUGCUAUCCUAUCAUCAUCUGGGUGACCAUGGGGAAUGCGUGCAAACCGGUGACUUACUUUUGGACACAAUUUAGCGGUACAAAGGGCCAAUGUAUCAACGUGGAACAAUUCUUCUUCGCUUUGGGAAUCCUUAACAUGUUGAAUGAUUUCAUCGUUCUCAUUAUUCCGUUCCCGCGAAUUGUCCGCCUACAAAUGACUCCGAAAAAGAAACUAGCGAUUUGUGCUAUAAUGGCCGUUGGCAUCUUUGUUUGUGUUGCAAGUAUCGUGCGAAUACAUUAUCUUUCUGAAUUUCUGAGCGCGGUGGAUGUCACUUGGGUGAUGGGACCUCUGUUCAUCUGGUCCACCAUCGAGCCCUCGGUCGCAGUGGUUUGUGCCUGUCUGCCUCAUCUCGCGCCACUUGCCAGACUUGCCCACCGAUCGAUUUCAUCGAGUUACCAAUCACAACAGUCUACUGGCCUUUCUGCUGAGAGAAGGAGGUUCCAUGGGUCUGGCAAGAGUAACCAGGAUCGCAAUGGAGCCGGUAGCCGGGGCCCGAUAUUUGAUUUUGGAUUUGAUCAAAUGAAGAGGAGAGCAAACGAUGACGAAAUUGGACUGACUAAUUAUGUCACUGGCGGUCUAAAUAAAGGUGCAAAUCCUUCAAAUGUCUCAGUCUCGGAUGAUUAUAGCCAUGAGCAAGCAAUUGCUAUUCAUUCAGGUUUUGUGCAAUCGACUUCAUCAAGGCCGUCUUUAUAG